AUGCAAAAUGAGUUUAAAGUAACCAAACAAGAAAUUAUAAAUGUAACGGAAACAACAAAUAAGGACAUGAUAGCAAUGUUAAGCAAUGUCCCAGAAAGACUUAAUCAUACAACUUCUGGAAGACUAUCUAACAAAAUAGUCAAAAUGGUGCCACAGAAUAAAACAGAUCCUUUACCAAUGCCUAAUGGAAAUGUACAUCCUCCAGAACAACACAAUCCUAGAAUUCCAUCCCAGCAGACAUAUCCGCAAAAAGCACACUACACACCACACCAUGACGAAAUUUCGGAACAACACCUACUCUCAACGAAGGUCUCACAAAUUCCAAGUUCCGUGAAUAAUUCUAGGAAAAGCUUAUCAGAACUAAGUACUGGAGAAUUUGUAGAAGUAAAAAGUAAUCGAAGACAAAAACGAGCAAAUAAAAUUGGAACCAACCAAUCACAGGAUGACAACAAUCAAAAUGCCUUCGAAGGCGCAAAAAGUGCGGAUAACAAUAGAAAACUAUGGGUCUUCAUUUCUCGUGUAAAAAACCAAGUGACUGAAGAUCAGAUUAAAAAUUAUAUUUCCAACAAAGCCAAAAAUGACCAAUCCGAAAUUUCUGUUAAAGCUCUAAAAACCUAUUACCAGAAUAAAAAUAAUAAAUGUUUCUUAGUUGGAACUGACUUAUCCCUAAAAAAUGUUAUUUAUGAACAGAAUUUUUGGCCGGCGGGAGUAGCGUUUGAGAGGUUUAAUUUUAAAAAGGGACAACAUUUUUUAGAUAACAAUCGUGAAAAUAAAAAUGAAGAGGAAGACUUUUUACCGUCCUAUUUAUCAGAUCGUCCACAACUGCAACCACGACUUGCAGGUGGUGAAAGUUCAAAAGGUGGUGACAACAUAGAAAUUCCACCAGCUGUAGGUGAUAACCCAAAAUUGGAUAUCCUGUCAGAUCCUCAACCAAGUACAGCUUCAAGCACAUCUUCAUGCUUAAGUGAACUUAAUCCACAGGCUGUAGCUAAUGACCCAAAAUUAAAUGCCGUUUCAAAUCUCCAAUCAAGCUCAUCUUCAUUUGCAGUUAGUCCCUCCGUUGUUUUACCAUAUCCUAAGGCAGGAGCUCGCAAGAGUCUAACAAGUCAAAGGAAGAAAGUUAAAUCUGCAAUACUCACUGACACACCAGUCAAAAGCGAACUUGAAGAAAACAGUAACCCAAAAGUUAAGCAAGAUAAAAGAAGAGUUUUUGAGGAAACAUCAAGUGAGGAGGAUGACAGUGAUAUUUGCUACGAAGAAAGUGGAGAUUCUGAGACUGAAAACAUACCUCAAGAAUAUCAGAUCCUUUCUUCACCAAAUGAAGGAAAUUUAAAGAAAGGAAAAUUUGUCAUUGCGUCUUUCAAAGGAGGUAAAAGACCAAGUAAUCUUUACAGAUAUGUCUGUGUUAUAGAUGAAGUUAAUGAAGAGAAAAGUGAAUACAGAGUAGUAUCCAUGAAAGCUAUGGACAAUACUUUGACAAAUUUCACAUUUGUAGAAACAGACAUAAGCUAUGUAAAUUUUGAAGACAUAAUGGGGAUAACGCCUGACCCACUAAUUGUUAUGAAAGGUGAAAGAAUGUAUUACAAGUUUCCUAUGGCAUUGGAUAUUUUUGAACAUGCCUAA